AUGUCGGUCGACAUGCAGCAGAAUGGCGGCAGCGCACAAGCUACCGCAGCCCAUGAGGGAGCUGCUGCAAGUGCUGGUCCCCAGCUCGGAGAUUCGUAUCGUCUGCUGAAGGCUGUGGGCGAAGUCGCGGUGAAGCGAAUCUCGCCGUUCGAUCAUCAGAUGUUUUGUCUGCGUACGCUGCGCGAGAUUCGGCUGCUGCGCCAUUUUCACCAUGAGAACAUCAUCUCGAUUCUCGACAUUCUCAAGCCCGAGUCACUGGAAACCUUUACCGAGGUGCACCUGAUCCAGGAGCUAAUGGAGACGGAUAUGCACCGUGUGAUUCGCACACAGGAUCUGUCCAACGACCACUUCCAGUACUUUGUGUACCAGAUCCUGCGUGGCCUCAAGGCACUCCAUUCGGCUGGUGUCUUGCACCGUGACCUGAAGCCGAGUAACUUGCUGCUGAACGCCAACUGCGAUCUCAAGAUCUGCGACUUUGGCCUGGCGCGCAGUGCCGAUCAGCCGGAACCGGAUGGCAAGGCAUUCCUGACGGAAUACGUCGCGACACGCUGGUACCGGGCGCCGGAAAUCAUGCUCACCUUUAAGGAGUAUACCAAGGCCAUCGAUCUCUGGUCCGUCGGCUGCAUCUUUGCCGAAAUGCUUUCUGGCCGUCCCCUAUUCCCUGGUCGCGACUACCACCACCAGCUCUCGCUGAUCCUCGAGGUGCUUGGCACACCGUCCCUCGACGAUUUCUACGCGAUCAGCUCGUUGCGGUCGCGCGACUACAUUCGCUCGUUGCCUUUUUGCAAGCGCAAAAACUUUGCCGCGCUCUUUCCGCAGGCCGAGCCACUGGCGCUGGAUCUGCUCGAGCGUCUCUUGACUUUUUCGCCUCGUAAGCGCAUCACUGUGGAAGAGGCACUGGCACACCCCUACCUCGAACCCUACCACGACCCCAGCGACGAGCCAGGUGCCGAGCCACUCGACCCGAGUUUCUUUGAUGCGGACUUUUCCAAGGAACCUCUGUCGCGCGCCGAACUGAAGAAACUCAUUUACCAGGAGAUUACUCGGUAA